AUGGAGAGUGAGUUGGUGCAACGCAGAAUUGAUAUAAUUGCAGCACACUUUGCUUCCACUGACGAGAAUGAGAUUUCACCAACCCUUCUUCUUCCUAUGAAUUGCAGUGCUAGUCUGAAUUCUGUGUUUAGAAGACGUGACAAUAACGUAUAUUUUGCACGCCAAGCUUCUGCUUCCUAUGGCUAUUGUAUGAGACAGAAAUCACUUAAAAAGGGUGACUCAACAUGCUUUGCUGCUAAAUGUGAAGACUUGCAAGGAAGAGCACCAUGUUUUGCAAGACCUGCAAGGAAGGAUUCAAUGGCUAAAACGCAAGGCUAUGAUUUUGAUGCAUUUGGGCCACCUGCAUUUGCUAGGCCAAGCAAACAGAUUAAACAGUUAAAUAAUGAGAAAAGAAUACAUCAUUCUGAAAUUGGUAAUGAGUGGUCACCUAGAAUGGAUGUUGCAGAAUCAAAAGGUAAAUAUGUUAUCAUGGUGGAAGUUCCUGGUGCGAGUGUUGGUGACAUAAGAGUGGAGGUCGAUGAUCAAAAAUUAUCUGUCAAAGGUAGACGUUCUAGUAGUUCUUGGAAAGUAGCAGGUUGUCCAAAUGGUUGUGCAGUUUCUUCAUAUCUCAAGAGAGAGAUACCAUAUGGACCAUUUGAGGUUUUGUGGCCACUUCCUACUGGUGUGAACAAGGACAAUAUCUCAGCUGAAUUUUUGGAUGGAUUUCUCCAAAUUAUAAUUCCUAAAGUUUGA